UUAUAUUUAGUUUGACUGCUUCAUCAUGUGAUAGUCAGCACACUAUCUGUAUCUAGUAUCUGAGAAGUCCUCUACUCACAUAAUGGCCCACAAAGCCUAACUAUUAACUAAAUGAUACCUAACCCUGACCCUAAUUCUAACUUUAACCCCAAGUCCCGACUUACUUCCCUCAACACAAUUAUUGUUGACUGGUUUUGUUGGCCAGUUAACAUGACAUUGGAGUGUACAUACAGAACUCUCUUAUUGUGUUUUUUUUUUAUUGUACCUUAUUUUUGUGUGUGUUUUUCCCUCUCCAUCUCUAGCGGCUGACCUGAGUGAGUGCGCUGCUGUGGGGAGCGUAUGCCAUACUCAUGCGGAGUGCAUGAAGACCCGCGACAACACCUUUGUCUGUGUGUGCCGCAUCGGCUAUAACGGCGACGGCCUGCAGUGCGUGGACAUAGACGAGUGUGUCACGGGCCUGCACGGCUGCCACCCCAAGGCCCUGUGCAACAACAAUCUGGGCAGUUACAACUGCGUGUGCCUCCAGGGCUACUCGGGUGACGGCACCACCUGCGCAGACAUCAACGAGUGCCAGACAAACAACGGAGGUUGCCACGUCAAUGCCGCCUGCAUAAACACCGACGGAGGUCGGAGGUGCACUUGCGAGGAAGGCUUCAAAGGUAAUGGAUUUACCUGCGUGGAUGACAACGAAUGCAGCCAGCGAGGGAUCUGCCACUGGAACGCCACCUGCACCAACAACCCUGGUUCUUAUGUGUGCACUUGUAAUUCUGGCUACAAGGGCAAUGGGAACUACCUGUGCCUGGACGUGGACGAGUGCUCUGAGACGCCAGGGGUUUGCUCUUCGUCCCUUGGCUACAAAGGCUGUAAAAACCUGCCUGGGACCUACCGCUGCACCUGCAACACUGGCUAUCAGAGCAACGGGCGGACCUGUGCAGAUCUUGACGAAUGUGCGAGCAACAUCUGUAGCUUAUACUCCACCUGCGUCAACAACCCGGGGUCGUACCUUUGUACGUGUAACGAGGGGUUCGUGGGUAACGGCAUCACCUGCGUGGACAUCAACGAGUGCAGUCAGGAGAACGCUUGCGACCUGAACGCGGAGUGCAUCAACGUGCUGGGCAGCUACGAGUGCUCCUGUCUCACGGGCUUCCUCGGGGACGGGGCAGAGUGCGUGGACAUCAACGAGUGUGUCGUAAACAAUAUCUGCCCCGCCACUGCUGCCUGUGUGAACACCGCAGGCUCCUUCUAUUGCGACUGUGGCCGGGGCUACACUUUCAACGGCACCCAGUGCGAGGACCUGGACGAAUGCGCCGGGGGAGACUGCAGCCCGUUUGCCACCUGCCAAAACUUCCCAGGAUCCUUCACCUGUGAGUGCCGUAUUGGCUACAAGGGAGAUGGAAUGACGUGUGUAGAUAUAGAUGAGUGCUCCUUAUCUCAGCAAUGCCACCCAGACGCCCAGUGCAUCAACUUACCGGGAACCUUCAACUGCAGUUGCAACCCGGGGUACUCCGGGGACGGCGUGAGCGAGUGCGCAGACCUUAACGAGUGUUUGGUUGAUAUCGGGGGAUGUGGAGAUAGAGCCACCUGUGUGAACAGCAGAGGCUCCUUCUCCUGUGUCUGCCCCUCUGGGUUUACCCUGGUCAACCGCACCGCCUGCUGGGACGUGGACGAGUGCCAGGCCCCGGCAAUACCCUGUGGCGUCAACGAAGAAUGCCUCAACACAGAGGGAUCCUUCCAGUGUCCGUGCCAAGUCGGCUUUGCUCGUGGCGCACAGGGCACCGAGUGUUCAGACGUCGAUGAGUGCCAGGUGGGCAACCCUUGCCAUGAGGAUGCUACCUGCCUAAACUCGUUUGGCUCGGUGUCGUGCAGCUGCAAGAGAGGGUUCACGGGGAACGGCACCAGCUGCGUGGACGAGAACGAAUGCGACGCGGUUGACACCUGCGACACCAGGGCUUCGUGCAUGAACACCCGCGGCUCUUUCUCUUGCCGCUGCCAGGAGGGCUUCGCGGGGGACGGCUUCUCGUGCGAGGACAUCGACGAGUGUGCGCUCUCCAACAGCACCUGCCCCGUCGUGUCAGUGUGCGUGAACUCGCCCGGAGCGUCCGUCUGCUCGUGUCUGAACGGCACGGUGGCGCGCGGCGAGGUCUGCAUGCAGCCGAGUUCAGAGUGCGAGCCCCAGUGCCACCCGUACGGCCUGUGCCACCCCUCGCCCGCGGGGUUCCAGUGCGUCUGUGACGUGGGCUUCGUGGGCGACGGCAGCUUCUGCUCAGAUAUCGAUGAGUGCCAGAGGGACAACGUGUGUCCCAACAAUGAAACCAAAUGCCUGAAUAAGCCGGGAUCUUUUGACUGUGUGUGCAGAGCUGGCUUCACACAGAACAGGACUGAUUGUGUUGAUAUUGAUGAGUGCAACUCAGGAGCACAUCAGUGCAGUGAGUUUGCCCAGUGCCUGAACACCGUUGGGAGUCACCUGUGCUCCUGUCUACUUGGCUUUGAGGGAGACGGACACAACUGUACAGACAUUGAUGAGUGCCCGUCUCAAAAUGGAGGAUGCCACCCCAAUGCCACCUGCGCGAACACGCCAGGGUCCUUCCAGUGCACCUGCCCGCUUGGCAUGACCGGGGACGGCUUCACGUGCCAGGAUGUGGACGAAUGUGCCAACAAUACCACCCUCCCGCACAACUGCAGCCAUCUUGCCCAGUGCCAAAACACCAAGGGGUCUUACAGCUGCCUGUGCCAAGGCGGAUACACGGGCGACGGGCAUACCUGUGAGGAUAUAGACGAGUGUCUGCUGCCCUUUGCCUGCCAGGCAAACAUGACCUGUCUCAACACACCUGGCGCGUACACCUGUGCUUGCCUGCUGGGGUUGGUCUACGACUCAGGCACCUGUGUGAGCGAGGAGGAUUGCCGGAACGCCAGUGCGGUGUGCCACGAACACGCUGAGUGUGCGAGCGUGUUGAGCUCCAACUACUGCAGGUGCGCGGAGGGCUUCAGAGGGACCGGGACGGAGUGCUGGGAUGUGGACGAGUGCGAUUCUGCAGAUACGGAGGAGCGUCCGUGCCCAGAGUUCUCCUUCUGCUUCAACUCGCUGGGGUCGUUUCACUGCCAUUGCUGGGAGGGUUACAACGUCAACGGAACGCACUGCAUGGACGUGGACGAAUGCGAGACGGGGAAUGUCACCUGUCCCAACAACAGUGCCUGUGUGAACGUCGGAGGGGGCUACCAGUGUCUGUGUAGCGACGGUUUCCACGGCAAUGGCUCGCUGUGCAUGGAUGUUGACGAGUGCUCAUCCGGCUUGGCACGGUGCCCAAACGUCUCCGAGUGCCACAACGUGCCCGGGUCGUUUUUCUGCGACUGCUGGGAGGGUUACGCGGGAAACGCCACCGGCUGUGCGGACGUGGAUGAAUGCCUUAGUAACGCCACGUGCCAGGAGCACAGCACCUGUGCCAACGCGAUGGGCGGGUUUAGCUGCACAUGCGACCCAGGGUUCACCCUAAACGGGACGGAGUGUGAGGACGUAGACGAGUGCGUCCUCUCCAACCAGCCAUGCACCAACGGCACCUGCAUCAACAGCCUAGGCUCAUUCCACUGCGAGUGCAAUGAGGGGUUUUGGAGUAAUGACACCGAGUGUUUGGAUGUCGAUGAGUGCUUAGAGUCUCGUGAGAAUGCCUCUUUAUGCCAGCCCAAUGCCACAUGCGUCAACCUACCAGGCUCCUAUGAGUGUCCCUGUAAUGGGGGUUUCCUUCUCAACGGAACUGACUGUGUGGAUACGGACGAGUGCACCCACACGGAUGAGAGCCCCUGUACUGAACACGCCGACUGCAUCAACACUAUUGGGUCGUUCCUGUGCCCCUGUGUGCUCGGUUACGAGCCCAGAGGGCCCAACUGCACAGACAUCGACGAGUGCCUGGCUAACGACACGUGCCGCCCUGACCAGGUGUGCUUUAACGAGCCCGGAACCUUCCACUGCCUGUGCCCGCAGGGCUACCACGAAGAAGAUGGCGCCUGCAAUGACACGGACCAGUGCCUGGAUAGCGGGGCGUGCCACGCGUCGGCGCGUUGCUGGGACUGGCCGGGGCGGUUUUCGUGCCGUUGUCUGCCGGGCUACGUGGGCAACGGCACCUGGUGUCAGGACGUGGAUGAGUGCUCCUCCCGCAUCACCACAUGCCACCGUCAAGCCCGCUGCCAGAACACGCCGGGGUCGUACCUGUGUUUAUGCCCGCCGGGGUUCCUCUCUGUGGGGUCUCUGUGUGUAGACCUUGACGAGUGCCAGCGCAACAGGGGAGGAUGCCACCCUCAGGCGAGGUGCCAGAACUCUGUGGGCAGUUUCCAGUGUGUGUGUGGUCGAGGUUGGGUCGCCACAGAGUGGCGUGGACGUGGACACAGAGGCUGUGCUGAUGUAGAUGAGUGCCUCAGUCUGGCAGCCUGUCACGGGCAUACCGUCUGUGCCAACUCCCCUGGAGAGUGA